AUGAGAGCUUUAAAAUUAGUUCUCAUUUUCGCGGCUUUGGUUGUUACUUCUCUUGCUGUGCCACAGCGACCAACUGGCGAACCAGCUUCAAAAAGACCACCACCUCCUCCAUCCGAUUCUCCAAAAUAUCUUUCGAAUGCAUCCCGUCGUCCACCACCAAGAGGAACUGGAACUCCUCCGCCACCGCCAACCGGAGAACCCCAAGAGGUUAGUUUCGUUGUCUGGACUAAGGCGAAUUAUUAUUAUGAACAGAAGUUCCAGUUGAUCGGUGACAAUAACGCAUCACGUCGUCCACCAUCACCACGUGGCACUGGAACCCCACUACCACCUCCAUCAGAUGAACCAAAGGAUCUUGUGGCUGAGAACGCAUCCCGUCGUCCACCACCGCCCCCAAGAGGAACUGGAACCCCACCACCACCACCAACUGGAGAACCACAACAGAUGAUCGGUGAUAACAACGCAUCACGUCGUCCACCACCACCUCCACGUGGCACUGGAACUCCGCCGCCACCACCAACUGGAGAGCCAGUAGAAACGGAAACUCAUCACGUCGUUCACCUCCACCACCACGGGAACCCCACCUCCGAUGAACCAAAGGAUCUUGUGGCUGAGAACGCAUCUCGUCGUCCGCCACCGCCACCAAAAGGAACUGGAACUCCACCACCACCUCCAACUGGAGAGCCCCAAGAGUUGAUCGGUGAUAACAACGCGUCCCGCCGUCCACCAUCACCACAUGGAACUGGAACCCCUCCACCACCUCCUUCUGAGGGACCAAAGGAUCUGGUGUCUGAGAACGCAUCUCGUCGUCCGCCACCGCCACCAAGAGGAACUGGAACUCCACCACCGCCACCAACUGGCGAACCACAGAACCUUUGA